UGCACCUGCAGUUCAGACUUCACAGUGUAUGUAUACAGUGUGGUAAUACAAGAUGGCUGCCGUUAAACUUGGACCGUAUUUAAAAGAGUUACGAAUUCUUUUAUGUCAAACAUCGAAGUCUAGUCAAGGUGUUAGAGAUUUUAUCCAACAACAGUAUGUAUCUCUUAAAAAAAAUAACCCAAAGUUUCCAAUUUUAAUUAGAGAAUGUUCUGCAAUUGAGCCAUUUCUAUACGCACGAUAUGAAUACGGUGUAGAGCAGUGUGUUUCACUACAAAAUUUACAGUCUGAUGAUGUACUGAAACGCAUCGAGGAAGUUGCAUCUGCUCAACCCAAAUAAUAUGUUCUACUCUAGUAUGUGUAUAUAUGCAUCUUAAUUUAUUUAGUAAUAAAAUAACAUAAAAUUAA